UGCGCAUCUACGACGCUCUUGAAUCACUUCCGUGGAUGUAUGCGCAAUUCCUCGCGUCUACGACAAUCCUGACGCGUCCGUGUUGAGCUGCGCCGGAAGUGGCCGGCGGCGUCUCGUUAGCAGGUCGCGCUAACCGGACCGGGACCGGUGGAGUUGACACCGGAGCCGAAGCGUCAGGAUUACACCGGGCCGUGCGGCCAGACCGCGCAUCCUCUCCGAACCCGGGGUCACCUGCAGUUGGAGGCUGUGAGGAAGCAGGAAGUGACGCGCUUGAAGGGCUUUUGUUUGGGGCCGUGGCCUGUAGGCGUCUUCUAACUCGCGAUUGGCGAACAGGUGUCUAGCCAUCCUGCUGUGGCUCUGUGGGCGGAGUCAGGCUCGGACUCGGGCUGUGAUUGGCUGAGGGUCAUGAGUGGGUUGACGGGGGCUCACUGGCGGCGGGGGGGUGGGGUUGUGGUCCGCGAGCGGGGGCGGGGCGUGGACUCUUCAUGCUGGUUGGCCCCCGGGGCCCUGCGGCGUCUGUUCGAGCUGCCGGCACCAGUUCUGUCGCGGCACCAGCUGAAGCGUCUGGAGGAGCACCGCUACAACAGCUCGGGCCGCUCGCUGCUCGAACCCGUCAUGCAGCGCUACUGGGAGUGGCUGGUGCACAGGAUGCCGCCCUGGAUCGCACCCAACCUCAUCACCAUCGUCGGUUUAGCGACGAACAUCUUCACCACGCUAGUGCUGGUGUAUUACUGCCCGACCGCCACCGAACAGGCUCCUCUCUGGGCGUAUCUGCUGUGCGCGGUGGGGCUGUUCGUCUAUCAGUCGCUGGACGCCAUCGAUGGGAAACAAGCGCGGCGCACUAACAGCAGUUCACCACUGGGGGAGCUGUUCGACCACGGCUGCGAUUCACUCUCCACAGUGUUUGUGGUUCUGGGCACCAGUAUCUCCGUGCAGCUGGGCUCUCACCCCGACUGGAUGUUCUUCUGCUGUUUCUCCGGUAUGUUCAUGUUUUACUGCGCUCACUGGCAGACCUACGUCUCCGGCACGCUGCGCUUCGGCAUUAUUGAUGUGACAGAAGUGCAGAUCUUCAUAAUUCUGCUGUAUCUGCUGGCUGCUGCGGGCGGAGCGGCUUUCUGGCAGUCUCCGAUUCCUGUGAUUAACAUCCAAAUGAAGAUAAUUCCAGCGCUUUGCACAUUAGCGGCGGUGGUGUUCUCGUGCAGCGGUUACUUCAGAGUCAUAUUCACAGGCGGUGUGGGGAAGAACGGAUCCACUAUAGCGGGUACCAGUGUGUUAUCGCCCGUCCUGCACAUCGGCUCAGUUAUCGUCCUCGGUGUGAUGAUUUAUAAGAAAUCAGCCGUGCAGCUGUUUCAGAAACACCCCUGUCUCUACAUCCUGGCCUUUGGCUUCGUUUCAGCUAAAAUCACUAAUAAACUAGUGGUGGCUCACAUGACCAAGAGUGAGAUGCAUCUUCAGGACGUGGUGUUUCUGGGCCCCGGCCUGCUGUUCCUGGAUCAGUACUUCAACAGCUUCAUCGACGAGUAUCUGGUGCUGUGGAUCGCUCUGGUUCUGUCUCUGUUCGAUCUGGUGCGCUACUGCGUGAGCGUCUGCAACGAGAUCGCAUCCCACCUGCACAUCUGCGUCUUCAAGAUCAAACCUCAGAGUCCAGCGGGGGCCGUCGAGUGACCGCUCAUACACUCCUGACCCAGAGGAGCCUGACUUACACCAGGACAGUUAGGAACAAAUUCAUCAGAUUUGGAGAAAUGUAGCAUUG